ACUCCACUGCUUCCAAACUCUGCAAAAACAAUUCUCAACGACAAAACUAAUACUCUCAAUCCUUCUUUCUCCCUUACCGGCGCGACAAUCCAUCGCUUUUUCCCCCACCACCGAUCAUCAUUCAUCAACCUCACUUUCUCUCUCCUCUCCAAUCUCCAAUUCCUCAAUUUUAAACCCUAAUCUCUCUCCUCUAAUUUCUCAGAAUCACAUCAUCUACUUCACAUUCUCCAUUAUAAUCGCAAUUAAACCUUUUUAUUUGCUCUUGAUUUUGUAUGUUGAAAUUCAAUUAGAACAAUUUUUAUUUUGCUUCAACUAUGUUAUGAUCGCUGAGAAUGAUAAUUUUGAAGGUCUGAUUGUUUAAUGAUGUGGUUUUCCUUCUGGAGAUCCAGAAACCGAUUCUCCUUGGAUGAACUCAGAUAUCUCACUGAUCAGCUGCAAAAGAUUCAAAUUGUCAAUGAAGUUAACAAGGAUUUUGUUAUUGAGGCAUUGAGAUCAAUUGCGGAGUUGGUAACAUAUGGAGAUCAGCAUGACUCAACCUUCUUUGAUUUUUUUAUGGAAAAGCAAGUGUUAGGGGAAUUUGUACGUAUUCUGAAGAUCAGUAGAACUAUCACUGUUUCACUCCAGUUACUUCAGACCAUGAGCAUCAUGAUUCAAAACUUGAAAAAUGAGCAUGCCAUAUAUUAUCUCUUCAGCAAUGAGCAUAUUAACUAUCUCAUAAGUUAUUCCUUUGACUUCCGAAAUGACGAGCUGUUAUCAUAUUAUAUAUCCUUUUUGAGAACAAUAAGUGGGCAUUUAAACAAGAGCACAAUAUCAUUGCUUGUGAAGACUCAGAAUGAUGAGGUGGCAUCAUUCCCAUUAUACGUUGAAGCAAUUCGAUUUGCUUUCCAUGAAGAUAGUAUGAUACGUAUUGCUAUACGUGCUUUGACUCUUAAUGUUUACCACGUUGGGGAUGAGAGUGUAAAUAGAUACGUCACCAGCGGCACACUUGGGAAUCACUUUACAGAUCUGGUUAUUUUUUUCAAGAAGCAGUGCCUCACUUUCAAUGACUUAGUUGUUCAAGCAUCAAGUGAAACUUCUAAAGAUUUGUCAUCUAGCAUCAUUGCCGCUGUGGACGAAAUUGAAGACAAUCUUUACUAUUUCAGUGAUGUUAUCUCGGCAGGGAUUCCAGAUGUUGAUAAAUUGAUAACAGAUGGCUUGUUGCGGGUUUUGAUAGUGCCAGUGUUACUGCCUUCCUUGAUUGAGGCUGAUAUGGGAGUUGGAGCUGUCACUUCAUUGUAUCUACUUUGUUGCAUAUUGAGAAUAGUCAAAAUCAAAGAUUUGGCGAAUACCAUCGUCGCUGCCUUCUUUUUUCCUGAAGGGUCCUUUGUAUCACUUCAAGAAAGUAAAGUGAAUGGUGACGCAACCUCCUACAAAUUUCGACAUCCACCAUCUGAAGAAAGUAGUAAUGGAGAUAUGGUAGAGGGUGUAAGCAACUCAAAGAUUGCCAUUCCUGAAGAUGCCAGCUUGCAAAAUAAUUGUGGUGAUCAAAAUCAGUCUCUUUGGGAGGCUGUACUAUCUUAUCUUAAUGUUGGCAACGAUUUACAAGUUCUGGGAUCUUUAAGUAUAAUUGCUACCUUGCUGCAAACUAAAGAACUGGAGGAGUCAAUGCUAGAUGCACUUGGGAUUCUUCCAAAGCGGAAACAACACAAGAAGCUCUUGUUGCAAGCUCUUGUUGGCGAGAGCUCAGGUGAAGAACAACUUUUCUCUUCAGGAAGUAACUCAACUAAAAGUGGUUUUAUCAGUGAGCUGGAAUGCUACUUACAAAAACUCAAGGAAUACGGGGUUUCAGCUUCCUUCGAACCGAGCUCAAGUCCGCGCUCGUGCAGAUUUCAGGUGCUUGAUACAUUGGUUAAGCUUUUUUGCCGGUCGGAUAUCGCUGCAGGUACCUUGUGGGAUGGUGGUUGGCUUUUGCGGCAAUUGCUUCCUUAUAGCGAGGCAGAACUCAAUGGGAAGCAUCAUAAUCUGCUAAGAGAAUCCUUUGUUAAAUGCUGUAGUAAUAUCCUCCUGGAAGCUGGAGGAGUAUGGGCUGAUUUACUUAUCUCAGUUCUUUGUGAUGAGUGGAGGAAGUGCAAAAAAGUGAUGGAGUCCUCAUCACCCAGGAAUGAGUUGAGGUGCAUGCUCUUGCCAUCUUCUUCUAGAGGUGUCAUUUCGAGUGAAUCUUUGGCAGAUGGAGAGAGAAUGUAUGAGGUGGUAAAGGCAUUUGUACUUCUUUAUCAGCUUCUUGUUUUCUCACAAGGGAUAACAUUGCCUGAUUUUGCACCAAUAUAUCCCCCAGUCGACAUACCUGAAAAUUCUCGUGCUAGGGUCAUGGGUCUUGACAGUGUUGGGCCAAAGCAAGGCGUUGAGUUGAAACUUGUUGAUGCCAUUCCUUGUAGAAUUGCAUUUGAAAGAGGUAAAGAACGUUAUGUUUGGCUGCAAGCUGUAUCGAUGGGAACAUCUGGUUGGAUUGUGCUCGUGGAAGAACUCCCCCUGAGACAAAAUGUUGGAAUUGUUCGUGUUGUGGCACCUUUAGCCGCCUGUAAUCCCCGAGUAGAUGACAAGCACCCAAGAUGGCUACACUUGAGGAUUCGUCCACCAACAUUACAGUCACUGGAUCCUUCAAAAGCUGCUGCAUCUGGAAAAACAAAGGCACGGACUUUGGUAGAUGGAAGAUGGACUCUAGCAUUUAGGGAUGAGGAAUCUUGCAAAUCCGCUAUAUCCUUGAUUCAUAAAGAGUUUAAUUUUCAAAGACAAGAGGUUGAGAGGCAGUUAAAACCGCUACUUGACCCUUGCAACUUAAUCACUCCACCCGAGUACUCUUCACAUCCAGAAACUCCAAAUACUAGUACACCCAAAUCCUUGUGAGUUGCUUUGUUGCUUAGUUCAUUAAAUCAUAAGUAGCAGUCGAAAUUUUGGAUGGCUUCAUUAUGUUUAAAUAGCGGAGCCAUCCUUUUGUACAUGUCGAUUAGAUUAUCUAGAUUCAUAAUGUAGGUUAGUGUCAAUGAUUCUAUACCAUUCUUUGUAUACUAGCUGGCUACCCAUCUCCCAAAGUUGUGGAAUUUCUUACCUGAGAGCUGUCAAUAUUGAGGUUUUCAUCUGUAGAAAGCUCUAUUAACCUGUAAACCUGCUGUAUAUUAAGGUGAAGGAAAUGUAUAGUCGUUUGUUGUAUCUCAACUGGUCCGUUAAUGAAGCCCUCCGCCCCCACUCCCAUUUUUAAUGGGGUUUCCUGCCAUUGUUUAUGGAUGGUUUACUUAAUCGUA